AGAGGGAGAGAGAGAGAGAGAGAGGGAGGGAGAAGUUAGUUUGUGUGGAUACAUGUAACGACACAGAAGCGCUACGCAGAGACUCGGAGAUGCGGCGGAAGCAGAAGAGGCUGCUGCAGGUCGCGCUGCUGCUGCUGCUGGUGUUUCUGCUGCUGCCGAGCGUCGGCUGGUGGUCCGCGUCUCUGGAGCGAGUGCUGGACAGCUCUGCGGACGCCGCCGGACACUCGCACCUACAGAGAAUAAACAGACACAAAGUGCAGAACGACGGCGUUCGGAAGAAGGACUGGCAUGACUAUGCACUGAUGAAGAGUGAAGCGGCACGUUCAGGUGUCGGUGAGCAGGGCAGGCCGUAUCCGCUGACCGACUCGGACCGCGUGGACCAGGCCUACAGGGAGAAUGGAUUCAACGUAUUCGUCAGCAAUCGCAUCGCCCUCAACAGAUCCCUGCCUGACAUCAGACACCCGAACUGUAAGACGAAGCUGUACACAGAAGAUCUUCCCAACACCAGCAUCAUCAUCCCCUUCCAUAACGAGGGCUGGUCGUCUCUGCUGCGCACCGUUCACAGCAUCCUCAACCGCUCGCCGCCGCAGCUCAUUGCCGAGAUCAUCCUCGUGGACGACUUCAGCGACAAAGAGCAUCUGAAGGCUCCUCUGGAGGAGUACAUGGUGCAGCUGCCGAAGGUUCGAAUCCUGCGCACUAAGAAGCGUGAGGGUCUGAUCCGGACCAGACUGCUGGGCGCCGCGGCUGCGAAGGGUCAGGUCAUCACGUUCCUGGACUCACACUGCGAGGCCAAUGUCAACUGGCUGCCGCCGUUACUGGAUCGCAUCGCAGAGAACCAGAAAACGAUCGUGUGUCCGAUGAUUGAUGUGAUCGACCACGAUAACUUCGGCUACGAGACGCAGGCCGGCGAUGCGAUGCGAGGUGCUUUCGACUGGGAGAUGUACUACAAACGCAUCCCUAUCCCAGCUCAGCUGCAGAAACCAGACCCCAGCGAGCCGUUUGAGUCUCCGGUGAUGGCAGGCGGUCUCUUCGCUGUGGACAGGAAGUGGUUCUGGGAGCUGGGAGGAUAUGACACGGGUCUGGAGAUCUGGGGAGGAGAGCAGUACGAGAUCUCCUUCAAGGUGUGGAUGUGUGGCGGUCGUAUGGAGGACGUUCCCUGCUCUCGAGUCGGUCACAUCUAUAGGAAAUUCAUGCCCUAUAAAGUGCCAGGCGGAGUGAAUCUCGCCAGGAAUCUGAAGCGUGUGGCCGAGGUGUGGAUGGACGAGUAUGCAGAGUUUAUCUACCAGCGGCGGCCGGAGUACCGGCACCUGUCCGCCGGAGACGUGUCCGCGCAGAAGCAGCUGAGGAGCCGGCUGAGCUGCAGGAGCUUCCGCUGGUUCAUGACGGAGGUGGCCUGGGAUCUGGCCAAACACUAUCCUCCGGUGGAGCCUCCGGCCGCUGCGUGGGGAGAGCUGCGUAACGUCGGCUCCGGUCUCUGCAUGGAGAGCAAACACUUCUCCUCUGGCUCCCCGAUGCGUCUGGAGAAGUGUCUGAAGGCACGAGGCGAGUCGACCUGGAGUCACGGUCAGGUCUUUACGUUCGGAUGGAGAGAAGACAUACGGGUGGGAGACCCACUGCACACUAAGAAGGUCUGCUUCGACGCCGUGUCUCACAACAGCCCCGUGACGCUCUACGACUGCCACGGGAUGAAGGGGAACCAGCUGUGGGCCUACAGGAAGGUACUGAGCUCAUCUGCCCAGAGAUCAAACAUUACAAACAUUAGUCACACUAAAUGCUUCACCUUCUCUUCUGUCAGCUGAGUUUAUUAUUCCAAGUUUAUUUUGAACUUCCUGCCCACUUCCCCGCAGCCACGCCCACAUCACAACAUCCAAUCAACAGCCGAUGCUCUGAACCAAGUCCCACCCUACAAAUAGAGAUAGUUUAAUAAAUAGGGUGAUCAUACGGGACAUACCCUUGCCAGGAUUUCUGUAUUGCCUAAAAUAUGCAGGUUUUGUCUAUUAGCACUGUGCAGGCUGAUCGUUGUAUGACAUUAUUUCACGAGAGCUAUGGAGAGCAGACGGCUGCUUGCGGUACUUCGGUGUCAUACAAUGAUCGGUGUGCAGCGAAGAACA